AUGUCAAAGAAUGCCGUCUAUUCGCUCCUCGCCAGACAGAAGCCGCGCACGUUCAAAGUCAGCUAUGCCACCGACUACAAGCACUUCAUCCUCAACCACGUCGCGUCCGAUCCCCAGCACCCCCUCUGCGAGACGCAGCGCCGCAGACAGAGAGAGAAGAAGAGGGAGGGACUGUGGUGGCAUGCGACCACCCCCGCCGACCUGAACAAGUCCAGCUGUGUAAGAACAUGGGCUAGACGGCGUCUGCGCAACGCUAUCAAAGAAGAGCUCCAAGCCCGCGGGUACGACGAGAAUGGCAAGUUCGUUUAUCCUGAGAUCCGGAAGAGCCAGCCAGGUCUUUUGAAUACGCUGCGCGCGGGAAACACACUGGAUUUGCAGGGUAGCUUGAGGUUCCAUGUUGAGCCGCCUCUGGUUCCGGCCAAAUAUGUAGAUGUACGCGCAGAGGCUGGCGCUGUCAUAGAGGCUCUGAUCAGUGCUCAGAGGGGCGCAGUUGGGGGUUUUGUUUCAGCGAAGCCGACGAAGACUCGCCCUUCGUGGAAUCCACCUGCUGCUGCGCAAGAACGUCCGCGUCAGAUCUUCAAACGCGUUGCGACGCGCACGGGGUGA